GGGCUUUGCGUGGUUUUUUCCCAACACAAUAACUCCAAGUGCAUUGCAAAGCUUGAAUCUCACUGUGGGUGCAUACAAGAGUGGGAGCCCUGUGUGUGCGUGUGUGCGCGUGCGUGCGCGCGUGUGUGUGACUGUGGACAGGCGUGGCAGUGGGCUGGUCCAGGCGCACCGAGCAAUGAAAAACAUCCUCCGACUUGGUACCAGCUGAGGCCCUGAAAUAACCCCACAAAGGAACUUCGCUUUGGGCGUUAUAAUUGUAAUUAACCACACAUCUCUUUUCUUCCUGAGGUAUACGGCUUCGGGGCCGUGGGUGAGCCGCGCGCUUAGAGAACACGCGCUCCCGAGGAUGCACUGAGGUAUCCCCUCUGACCUCUGGUUGUAAGACAUCCACUGCAGAACAGUAGAAGAUGAGUAAGUCCCCGACCCCCAGUGGUACCCCGGUGCAGCUCAGCCCCAGCGAUGGGGUCCCGGAGAGCCUCCCGUCUCCACAGCACUCCACCCCAGGCUCCGGACCCCCGCAGAAGAAACGCAUCUCCAGCCUCCUCCAGAGUCCGUCGUUCAGGGAGGAGCUGGACGUGCUGAUCCAGGAGCAGAUGAAGAAGGGGGGCAGCUCCUCGAACCUCUGGGCUCUCAGGCAGCUCGCUGACUUCAUGUCGUCUCACGGCUCUCCGGCCGCGUUACCCGUCUCCCCUUCCAACAUGAUGAUGGUGACCCCCAUCAACGACCUUCAGAUCUGGGAGCCCGGCAGCCUGGUGAAGGGCGAGCGCUUGAUGCGCUGCAAGCUGGCGAGCGUCCAUCGCCUGUUCGAUCUGUACGGCUGGGCCCAGAUCAGCCGCACGUGUCUCACUCUGCGUGUUAGUAAAGAACAGGAACACUUCCUGGUGCUGCCACACGGCCUGGCCUACAGCGAGGUGACCGGAUCCAAUCUGGUGAAGGUGAAUAUCGUGGGUGAGGUGGUGGAGAAGGGGAGCACCAACCUGGGCGUGGACACGGAGGAGUUCAGCCUUCACUCGGCCAUCUACUCCGCCCGGCCUGACGUUCGCUGCCUGCUCCACCUCCACACGCCGGCCACCGCUGCUGUUUCCUCGAUGAAGUCCGGCCUGCUGCCACUGUCCCACGAGGCUCUGCUGGUCGGCGAUGUGGCGUAUUACGACUACAACGGGGUGAUGGAGGAGGAGGAGGACAGGGUGGAGCUGCAGAAGAGCCUCGGUCCGACCUGUAAGGUUCUGGUGCUGAGGAAUCACGGCAUCGUGGCUCUGGGGGAGUCUGUAGAGGAGGCCUUCUACACCAUCUUUCACAUUCAGGCUGCCUGCCAGAUCCAGGUGUCAGCUCUGUGCUGUGCUGGUGGAGAACAGAACCUGAUCAUGCUGGAUCGGAGCGUCCAUAAACCCAGCGUGGCCGGCACCGUGGGCUGGGCCGGGUCCACCUUCGGACCGCUGACCAAGACCCGCAUCGGGGAACACGAGUUCGAGGCCCUCAUGAGAACCAUGGAUAACCUGGGCUACCGUACAGGAUACGCUUACCGCUUCCCGGUGCUGCUGGAGCGUUCGCGGACAAGGAGGGAUGUGGAGGUGCCGGCCACAGCGACUGCUCACCACCAGUUCGAUGACGACGGGGUGCACCCGGCUCUGAGGCAGCACCCGUUCGCCCAGAGGCAGCAGCAGGAGAGGACCCGCUGGCUCAACACCCCCAACAGCUACCAGAAAGUCAACCAGGAGCUGAACAGCCCGGGGCAGCGCACCACUUGGUUGAAGUCCGAAGAGAUAACACAAUCUGGAAGCACGGCCAUCAAGAUGGAGACCAACCAGUUUGUGCCUCUUUUCACCAACCCUCAGGAGGUGAUCGCCACACGAAACAAGAUCCGACAGCAGAAUCGCCAGGACAUGAAGACGGCUGGACCGCAGUCUCAAGUCCUCGCCAGCGUUAUAACGGUCGACAGUCCUCCGUCUCCUGUGGACACUCCUAAAGUCCCACCAGAACCAGAACCUCCCAACCCCUUCAACCAGCUGACGGACCAGGAGCUGGACGAGUACCGCAAGGAGGUGCAGAAGAAACAGGAUGGAGGAACCAACGGGGAGGAGGUGGCAAAUGACAAGGAGUCUCCCCCCUCUGCCUCCCCCACAGAGAGUCCCCCUCCUCUCUCAGGAGCAGAAGAGGCAAAGCCCGAGUCUCCAGCCAUACAGAAUGGAGGCGAGGAGGAGAAGCAGACGACGGAGGAGCUUGAGAAAGGGAUGAAGGCUCUUUCCACCAACGACACCAACGACACCACCUCCACGCCCACCGCUCUGCCGCCCAAACCACAAGGCGGCACCCCCGAGUGCUCGCCCUCCAAGUCCCCGUCCAAGAAGAAGAAGAAGUUCAAGCCGCCGUCGUUCCUGAAGAAGAGCAAGAAGCAGAAGGAGAAGGCCGAGACCUGAGGCGUUCAGGGACACCUGACCUCGGUGAAAUACCACAGUGAAACAUCUCCUUAGUGUGUGCCAGAGUUAACCGCAGCAGCAGAUCUAGUGUCAGUUCAGAUGUCCUUCACAGACACGAUGUACUAACUUCACUUACAAAUACUUUACUGUAACACUGAUGCUCGAUCCAAGUGGUGAUUCAUCUUAAGGGAGACACUGCAGGUGAACAGGCUUAGUUUAUUAACUAAUAGAUAACGCAAUUAUACUUCCUCAGUUGAUUGAAGACAAUUAUAUUUUGUACCAAACCAUAAAUCAGUUUCUACCAUCAUUUUUUUUAGAUAAAACAUUCUAUAAACCGAAGAGUGUGUGAACAAACCCUCGUUAAUAACCCUCAGAAUAAACAUAGGCAUGAAUGUUUGGUUAAUGUUCAGUAAUUGCUACUGAAGUGGAAUUUUCUGACUCAUUUUGAGAAAACUGCCUUCAAAGAUAUACACUGUAAAAUUCAUUUUUACACACUACAGGAGAAUAGGGUAACAAAUAACCUGUUAAGACAUCAACAUGAAACUCCCUCCAGUUACUUACAUGAAGAAAUGUUGGUUUAAAUAUGCAAAAGAACCAUCAUCUAAUGCUAACUUUUGGUGAAUUAAGUAAAAAUCUACAAAGGCACACAUUUGUUUUUCUUAUAUUUCCCUUCCAGUAAUAUUACAUGUUACUUGUUCAACGCUUUUAUCCAAAGCGACUAACAUACUCAAUACUGUGGACAAUCCCCACAGGAGCAAUUUGGGGUGAAGUGUCUCAGGGACACAACGACAUGCUGACUGCAGUGGGGUUUGAACCUGUGACCCCCUGAUCCGAACACCGACACACAACCCACUGCACCACACGCCUCCACCCCAUGUGAAAAUAAUAUGAAAGAUAUAUUUGCCUGUAGUGUCUCACCUUAGGUUAAAGGACACUGAUCAUGUUUUCACGCAGUAUUUGACCCAGGUCAACCUGAUGCUUCUUGUCACACACACUCAGUCCCUGUAUUACUCACGUCUUAUUUUCACCUGCUGUGCUAUCAAACCAUUACUUAACUUCACUGUAUAGGCAUUCAAACACUCUUUCUUAAACUUAGUUACUUGUGCACUCAGAAUUUGUUUCAUACCAUUGAUUUGUAAUCCACAACUUUGCAAGACACGGCAGACAUUUAACACCCCUUGAAUUAUGCACCAAUUAUCCAUGUAAGAGGCACUUGACAUAUGUAUAUUGACAUUUUAGUACGUUGUAUUUGUUCAUCAUCAUAGGCAUCUUCUAGUCAUUAUUUGGUUUUAAUUAUCAGAUAGAUGUUGCAGGUAUACUCUGUGAGCACAGGUGCAGUACAUGUAGAAAUACACUGAUAGCUUCUGAUUGUGCUCCUCUGAAUGCUGGUUCUGUGUGAAAAUAUCAGCCUAUUGACGUUAUUGCAGCAGGGAAGAAUAAAGAAAAACUGACUCGCAACAAAACACAAGUCGCUUUAAAUGCCUCUAUUAACCCGAAAAAGGAUGAAGCAUAAAUAAUUUGUUGCUUGCCGAUGCAGUUUGAAACCCAGUAAUAGAAGAUACUGACGGUACUAAACAUUCCACUUUUCUCAUGUUCUUUUAAGUGUAUGUGUGCAAAAUACCUCUUGAGAGUUGUAUUUAUUUUCAGUUGUAACCAGUAGCUGUUAUCAGAUAUGCUGAUGUGUGAUGUUUGCUUAUGGUUUUAAUUUAUUUUAUAUUAGAAUGUAUAAGUGAGUGUUGCAAGGUGACCAUGUAUCAGUCAUUAAAGAUCAAGUUUGAUUUAAAAUCAACUGGA